UGACGGUGGCGGCCGUGAGUCCCGCGGUGACGGUGCCCUGCCUGUUCCGGCUGCGCGGCAAGGGCUACGGCACGGCCAAGGGCAUCCCCACCCUCAUCAUCGCCAUCUCGGGCAUCGAUGACGCCGCCUCCGUGGCGGGCUUCGGCAUCAUCAGCAGCAUCAUGUUCUCGCACGACUCGCUGCUGUACCAGAUCGUGCAGGGCCCGCUGUCCGUCGUCAUGGGUCUCGGGUUCGGCGUGCUGUGGGGCGUGCUGGCCAAAUACGUCCCGGAGCGGAACGACCCCUUCGUAGUGCCCAUGAGGGUCCUCAUGCUGUUCGGCGGCGGCCUCAUCGCCGUCCUGGGCUCCGAGUCCAUCGGGCUGGGCGGCGCAGGGCCGCUCGCUGUCGUCUCCGCCGCCUUCGUCUCGUGCUACUCGUGGACGCAGCAGGGCUGGGAGUUCGAAGAGAAUCCUGUCGCCACGGCGUUUGAGAUUUUCUGGAUGGUCUUCGAGCCUAUUCUGUUCGGACUGACGGGCACCAUGAUCAAGAUGGAUGAGCUGGACCCGCAGAACGUGUGGAAGGUCAUCGGGGCCUUGGUUACAGGGUUUGUUAUCCGCAUCUUGUUCACCAUCGUGGUGUCCUGGCGCAGCCGGCUGAACACCAAGGAGAAGGUGUUCGUGUCGCUGUCGCUGAUGGCGAAGGCCUCGGUGCAGGCCGCGUUGUGCACUGUGCCGCUGGACCUGAUCCGGGAGUCCUCCCAAGAGGGCGAGAACGCCGUGGGUAAGGAGGGCGACCGCGAGCACGCCGAGCUGUUCCUCACCACGUGCGUCAUGUCGAUCCUGCUCACGGCUCCCUCCAUCGCCAUCCUGAUGACGCUCCUGGGCCCGCGGAUGCUCACCAAGACCACGGUGGACCCCGAGUUCCCGGAGAACUGGCGGCGGCACACCCGCCCCUCGCUCAGGGACAUCUCCAUCAUCGACGAGGGCGACGAAGAGGACGACGAGGACAACCUGGGCAAGCUGUCCAGGAGGUCGUCGCGAAGGAGGUCGUCCUCCUCCAAGGACUUGGGGAAGGAGGCGGGUAACCACACGACCACGCCAACGCCCUCCGCCAACUCGACGACGCGCGAGACGUCGCUGACCACCACGUCCGUGCCGUGAGGGGGCUACAGCGCCACCACCUUCUUCAUAUAAGGCUGAUUGUGAGGCCGGGCCGGGCCGUAUUCCCUGCCCCUGUCAAACGAGGGGUACCCUCGGAAUCAAACUGCUGUCCCCCGGCCGAGCGUCGAGGGUCAGGAAAUGUGAAUAUGCGACCGCGGUGCGAGCGUGGGUGCGGGCGUGGGUGCGGGCGGGCACGAGCGCACAGGCGCGCAGGGCAAGCCUUUCGGGGCGUCGUCGGGACAUUGAGUGACCCGUGUACAGUGUGUGAAGUGGCUCUUGCAGAGCAUAGUUACCAAGACAGCGCGAGUAUAUGUUGGUAUUACGCGUCAUUACGAAAAUUCGCCAUUCCAUAAUAAUUGUAAAAAGAAAGUCUCCAGCGGUAUUAUUAAAAGAUAUUCUAAAUUAUGUGGUUUUACAAAGCUCAAUUGAGACGGGGGUACUAUCACAAGGGGGAAAAAAGGGUCGUAGACGUUUAGAUGUAUUCAUAAUGAAAUGUAUAUUGAACUCGGGGAACCAGCUCAUCGUGCGGGAGUUGCAAUCAAUAGUCUGUAACGCAUUCCAAACCGCAAGGCGAGCCGCCAGGCCUCCGGAGGCGACCUAGUAUAUGUGCCUUUGAAUGUGAUAGUACUUAAAUUUACUGAUAUUCUCUGUUUGGAGGGAAAGGGAAAAACUUUACCCAUCAUAUUUGAUUAGAUCCCAAUCCGCUCCAGUUGUUUCACUUUUCUGUAUAGCUCAUUAACAUAUCUUCCGAAAUGUGAUACCACAUUGUAAGACAAAGUUGUGAUAGAUGUUGGUCCAUUCCAGAACCAAUAUGGUGCCAAUAAGAUGCUCUUUUCCUUUCUAAGCUUUGUAUAUAUUUGUUUUGGUUGUGUUCAUGUUGGUCCUUAGAUUUUUGUCUAAAUGUUUUUUGAAGCUGAGCAGUUCCCUAAUUAAAUUAACAAUCUCUACCGUU